AUGAAGACCAUUGCUUUAAUUCUAGGAAUUUUGGCACGAAGUAAUGCUGAUGAGUACUUUACUGGUGACGGUACGACGUACACUUUAGGCGAAACCAGUGCAGGCAAUUGCAAUAUGAUGUCAGCACUCAACUUUGCCGGAACAGAUUAUGCGGCAUUAAACAAUGAGCAAUGGGAUGGGCUUCAGAAUUGCGGUCGGUGCGCCGAAGUGUCAUGUGCCGACGAUCGAUGUACCGAUCAGUCCAAGUCGAUAGUCGUUCAAAUUCUUGAUCGUUGUCCAGAAUGCAAGCACGGAGACCUCGAUUUAUCUCCGUCUGUGUUCACUGCUUUAACAGGUUCAACGCCAUCGCGUUACCAUAUUAAGUGGAAGUUUGUUGACUGUCCCGUGUCGGGUAAUGUCAACUAUUGUCUUAAAGGCGGUAGUAACAAUUACUGGAUGGGGAUACAACCAACAAACUGCGCUACUGGUGUCAAAAGCCUAACGAUCAACGGUCAGAGUACCACCAUGCUCGGGUCGGCUUAUUACUAUUUACUUGACGGUGCAAGUAAGACUCAGACUGAUCUAACCCAUCUGACGAUUUCCGUUACGGAUGUGAACGGAAACUCAAUUGAAGACACCGUGUCGCUUACCGCCGAUUCAUGCACGGAAGGCACGUAUCAAUUCCCUUCGGGUAUUGCACUAUCGCCAACAAUUGAGCAAUACACGCCUAGCUCAAAACCUACAUAUGAACCACCAACUCAGGCUCCUUGGACAUCACCACCGACCCUGGCUCCUUGGACAUCCCCACCGACAUUGGCUCCUACUGCCCCACCGGCCGAAGCUCCUACAGUACCGCCUUCACAACCACCGACGUACUAUACUCCACCAACAGAUACUCCAGCACCUUUCAUACAAGAACCGCUUCCCCCCACGGUGCGUCCUACUAUUCCUACACCUGACCCUGCUACUUCUACACCAUGUCCACAACCAGAAAUCUCACCCGUUGCUGUGCCUUUGUCUCCUGUUGAAACGCCGACUACGUACCCUCCUCCCACAACCAAUCCAACUACUACUGAUGUGCCUACCGCUCCUGCCGCGCCAAUCGUUUAUGAUUCAACGACUUUUGCUCCUGUGACAUUCGCUCCGGAAAAUUCAAUACCGAAGGAAUGGAACCCAGCCUUCAAAGUAAGUGGCUCAUUUCAGCUGGGGAAAAAGAGUGGAUUCGCUGCACCUCCUUCUACUUCAACGGAUGAUGCGUAUUUAUUCGACAACAAGCCGACCCAGUCAACUACUGACGUGUCUACUCCUACCGCGGAAGCUCCAUAUACCGGAAUGGAGCAGACUGAGCAAAUCGAGCAAAACGAUGACGAUCAAGGAGCACAGACAGUCUCGACUCAAACUAAAGCAUCGUCGGGUGGCACAGACCCGCUUAUCAUUAUGCUUUCAACACUUGGUGCUGUUGGUGUUGUUGCGCUCAUUGUCGUUGUGGUGAUGGUAAGAAGAAGAAAUAUUCGGGAGGAAAAGGCUCGAGACGUUGAGACUCAAUCUCUUUCAAGUGUUCAAUCCUUUGGCGUACAACAGACGCCAUCCGACAGAAGACAGGCUUUGGUAGGCAUUUUAUAG